UGCACAUUUAUGGCGCCAUUGCUCGGAAGUUUGGUAUUAAAAAUAAACUUUCGAAUAUGUGAAAAUAUAUGAACGCCUAUAUGCUCCCCCCGAAACAUCACAAGUUAAACGCGUAUUUUAGCAGAUUUGUUUUUUUCUCAGUUUCAACGCCUCAGUAAUUGUUUUCACAGCUCGUGCUCAUGCAGCACACAGACAUCCCUUGACAGCACAGCGGUGGCAAGGGCUCCAUCCAAAAUCUAAUGGUGAGAAUGAGGAGGAAUCGGUGUGAUGCGGGGCUGUGCAUGGGUACAGCGCUGCCUCAAUGAAUAACGUAGAUGGGCAUCAGCAUGCGUCUAUAGUCUCUGCGAAAACACGGACGCUGAGAAUCAACCCACAGUCUUUUCUGCUCAUUUAACCGCGAUUUCGAGUAUGGAAACGGGUCUGGUCGCGAAUCAUCAAGUGAGAAAUGUUGGAAGCGGAGAUCCCCCUCCUUCGCCUCAUCAUCGCACACCUCCACAGCAACAGUCGCAAGCAUCAUUCCAUCAGCAGCGAGCCGUCCACCACAACAACAUCAGGCCGGGGUACGGUGGCGCUGGAUACGGUAUGAUGAGCCCGUCGCGGCAGGGGAACAUGAUGGGCCCAGGUAACAAUUCGCCUACCGCCGCUGCUGCUAGUCAUGGCAAGGCUGCUAUGGCCUCUACUACCCCAGCUCCCGGUGCCAAUGUUGGGGGCUUUCAGAGGUUUCCCGGACAAAACCAACUGCACCCUUCUGGAGCUACACCCACCCUAAACCAGCUUCUGACAUCUCCGAGUCCGAUGAUGCGCGGAUAUGGCAGCGGUUAUCAAGACUACAGCACCCCGCCGCAGCAGCAGUCCGGAAUGGGUCUGGGCAAAGACUUGAGCUCCCCGUACAGCCCCGCUGCCAGCCACGGCUGGGGAGCACAACAAAGAAACCACCCGGCCUUGAGCCCUGGGAAUAACGGGAACAGCAGAGCUCAGGUGAACGUUUAAGCGUGUGUGUGUGUGUGUGUGUGUCAAGUUUCGCAUGCAGGUCUAGCCGUGGCCUGAUGCUACUCGUAAUACUAGUUUACAGCGUCUA